AUGUCUCGCCAUCACCCCGAUCUCGUUAUGUGCCGCAAGCAGCCCGGCAUCUCCAUCGGCCGCCUCUGCGAUAAGUGCGACGGCAAAUGCCCCGUGUGCGAUUCCUAUGUGCGCCCGACUACCCUAGUGCGGAUCUGCGACGAGUGCUCCUUUGGCAACUACCAGAACAAGUGCGUUGUCUGUGGUGGCGAGGGCAUCAGCGACGCCUUCUACUGCUUCGAAUGCACGCGUCUAGAGAAGGACCGCGACGGGUGUCCGAAGAUUAUCAAUCUCGGAAGUUCAAGGACAGAUCUAUUUUACCAAAAGAAAAGUUUCCGAAAUCAUUGA